UUAAUCAGCCAAAACUGAAAACACCUGUGGAAGUGUGCAUGUCCACAUCAACCACACCAAGAAGUGGAUUGAGGCUGUUUUUUUACUGAAGAUAUGGCCAGCAUAGAUGUACUGAAAACAAGGUUUUACUCCUAUGACAAAAUGUACAGUCAGGAUUUACGUGAACAAAGCUUUGUAGACUGGCCGUUUAGAGAGGAAUGCAACUGCACACCUGAAAAGAUGGCCAAGGCUGGGUUUGUUCACUGUCCCAGUCUGAAUGAGCCUGAUGUUGCCUGCUGUUUCUUCUGUCUGAUUGAGCUCGAGGGCUGGGAACCAGAUGACGAUCCGUGGUCUGAGCACACAAAACGCUCACCUAACUGUGGAUUCUUAACCAUGAAGAAAGACUUCACCGAACUAACUGUGGCUGAAUUCUAUCAUAUGGAAAAGGAGAGGCUAAAAGUCUACCAUAGAAAGGUUUAUCAUAAGAAGAUGGCAUAUUUGCGGGAUGACAUUGACCAUACGCUUGAGAGCCUUAAAUCUCAGUUGGACUCCAUAUAGUGAAAUCAAAAUUCCAGAUUUUAUUGCCACACUGUGGGUGUAUGAAGAGCCUGAAGUCUUGAUUUACUAGUUUGUUGUAAUGACAGUUUAAAAUAUCAAUAAAGUUUUGAGGAAUAUUA